CAGGAAAUCACUUCUUGUUUUCCAGACAGCAGCAGGCCCUCAGGAAUGGCUCUGUGAAGCUCAGAGGACCUGGGCAGGGAGGCACCAGUCAGAAGGGAGGUUGAGCUUGGAGGGGAGCUGCCCACGCCUCACAAUGAGUCCUGCUCGGCUGUUUCUUCAGUGGGUAUGAGGCCUUAGAGGAAACUGAAGGGCAAAUGGCCUCGUAACGGAAACCUGGAAGCUUUUAGGUGUCUGGUUACAGCAGAAGCCCGUCUGGGGACAGCAGGAACCCAUCUGGAGACUUCGGUGCUGGACAGGUAAAGCAACUCAAACUUGAAGAAAUGAAAUAUCCAAGGAGAACCACGUUGUGCUUCAUGAUCAUUGUGAUUUAUUAUUCCCAAGUUACAAAGACCUUGAAUUCAGAGUCUAUUGUUCAUCCUUUGAAUCUCCGUGAACGUGGACUAGCAGGGGAGGAGCCAUUAAGGCAAAAACGAGCAGUUGCUACGAGUCAUCCUGCAGCUAAAGAGUAUACUGUGGACAUUGAGAUCAGUUUGGAAAAUGCCUCCUUCCUGGAGCCUAUCAAAGCUUACUUGAACAGCCUCAGUUUUCCAAUUCAAGGCAAUGACACUGACCUAGCUGCCAACAUUUUGAGCAUUGAGUUGACAACAGUCUGCAGCCCUACUGGAAAUGAAAUCUGGUGCACCUGUGAGACAGGCUAUAGGUGGCCUCAAGAACAGUGCCUUCCCAAUCUCACUUGUCAAGACCAUGACAACUCCCCUGCAGGGCAUCACUGCAAUUGCCUUAAAGGACUGCCCCCCAAAGGACCUUUUUGCCAGCUCCAGGGAGCCAUAACCCUGAGUAUGUCAGUCAGACUCAAUGUGGGCUUUCAAGAAGAGCUCAGGAACACUUCCUCUGCCCUCUACAGGUCCUACAAGACUGACUUGGAAACAGCGUUCUGGAAAGGUUACAGUACUUUACCAGGCUUCAUAUUGGUGACUGUGACAGGGUUCAGGCCCGGCAGUGUGGUUGUGACAUACGCAGUCAAGACUACAACACCAUCGCCUGCAUUAAUGCGGAAAGCGAAUGAUGUGGUAGCACAGAGCCUCAAUCAGACCUACAAAAUGGACUACAAUUCCUUUCAAGCAGUUGCUAGUAAUGAAACUAAGUUCUCUGUCAUACCAGAAAUCAUCUUUGAAGGGGAUACGGUCACUCUGGUGUGUGAAACUGAAGUUCUAUCGUCCAACGUGUCCUGGCACCAUGUGGGAAGGCGCUCUGACAUCCAGAAUGGCAGCAGAUUCUGGAUUGACACCGUCGUGCUCAACAACUUGACCUCAGUGUCUCGCCUCACCAUUUACAACAUCACUCAGGGGGAGGCCGGUGAAUAUAUUUGCAAACUGACAUUAGAUAUUUUUGAAUAUGAGUCCAGAAAAAAAAUUAUUGUCACACCCAUCCAAAUUUUCUCAAGUGAAGAAGUGAAGGUGACGUGCGACAACAAUCCUGUGUCUUUGAACUGCUGCAGUGAGAUUAAUGUUAACUGGAGUCGAGUGGAGUGGAAGCAGGAGGGAGAAAUAAGCAUUCCAGGAAACUCUGAAACAGAAUCAGAUUCCAGCUGCAGCAGGUACACCCUCAAGGCUGAUGGAACUCAGUGUCCCAGUGGGUCAGCUGGAAGGACAGUUGUCUACACAUGUGAGUUCAUCAGCGCCUAUGGAGCUCGAGGCAGUGCGGACAUAGAAGUGACAUUCACAUCUGUGGGAGAUAAAUCCAGCCACAAAGGGGAAGUGCACGAGAUCCUAAGGCAUGUGAUGGAAAUGAGUACAGUUCAGAGCACCACCAGGAACAGCCUAGAAACAAGUAAAGCCCAGGAGCAGCAAGCCAACCUAACAAUAACCCCGGACCCAAUUUCUGUUUCUGAGGGACAAAACUUUUCUAUAAAGUGCAUCAGUGAUGUGAGUAACUAUGAUGAGGUGUAUUGGAAAACUUCUGCUGGAAUUACAAUAUAUGAAAGGUUUUACACCACAAGGAGGCAUCCUGAUGGAGCAGAGUCAGUGCUGACAGUGAGGACCUCGACGAGGGAGUGGAAUGGAACCUAUCACUGUGUGUUUAGAUAUAAGAAUUCAUACAGUAUCACAACCAAAGAUGUCACUGUUCACCCGCUGCCUCUAGAGCCAAACAUCAUGGUGGAUCCUUUAGAAGCUGCAAUUCCAUGCAAAGGUUCCCAUCCCCUCAAGUGCUGUGUCGAGGAAGAUGAAGACUACAGAGUGACUUUCCAAGUGGAUUCCCUGUCCUUUCCUGCUGCCAAAGAAGUUAAUGGAAAGCAAGUGUGCUACAAAUUCCAUUUCACAGCAAACUCAGCUUCCUGGUGUCCAAAAAAUGUUGAUGUGUCCUGCCGCUUUACCAAUGCCGCUGAUAAUUCAGUCUACAGUCCAUCUAUGAAGCUUCAUCUGGUGCCUGGAGAGAACAUCACAUGCCAAGAUCCCAGCAUCGGUUCUGGGGAGCCUGGAAAAGUCAUUCAGAAGCUCUGCCAGUUCUCACACCUGCCCAGCAGCCCUGGAAGUCCCAUGGGCGGGAUCAUGACUUACAAAUGUGUAGGCUCCCAAUGGCAGCUGAAGAGAAAUGACUGCAUCUCUGCACCAAUAAACAAUCUUCUCCAGCAGGCCAAGGCUUUGACCAAGAGUCCCUCUCAGGACAAGAAGCUGCCCACGUACCUGAAGAAUCUUUCUGAUAGCACAGAGAAAGUGGUACAUGAAGUCAGUUCAUCUCCUGGGAACCUGGGAGCCAUUAUCAACAUCCUUGAUUUGUUCUCAACAAUUCCAGUCCAAGUGAAUUCAGAAAUGAUGAAGCACGUUCUCUGUACGGUUAAUGUCAUCCUCAACAAGCCUGUCGUGAAUACGUGGAAGGUGUUACAAAAGCCACAGACCAAUCACAGCUCACAGCUACUGGAUUCAGUGGAAAGAUUUUCCCGAGCAUUACAGUCAGAAGACAGCACCAUCCUGUCUUUCUCCCAAACUAAUGUGCAGAUGAGGACCAUGGUCAUAAAAUCUGGUACCCCAAAACCCUACAAGCAGGACUUCAUUUUCCCAGAUUCUGACCUCUGGGGUAAUGUGGCUAUUGAUGAGUACCAUCUGGGACACCUGCAGCCAGGUGCAUCUAUUGUCACCAUGGCAUUCCCAACUCUCAAAACAAUACUUGACCAGAAUGCUCAGAGAAAGAAUUUUGUAAACAACCUAGUGAUGACAACCACUGUCAGCCACAAAAUAACCAUGCCAUUCAGGAUUUCAAUGACUUUUAAGAACAACAAGCCCUUAGGUGGGAAACCACAAUGUGUCUUCUGGAACUUCACCCUUGCCAACCACACAGGGGGGUGGGAUAGCAGUGGGUGCUAUACAAAAGUUGAUGGGGACAGUGUCUUCUGCAGCUGUGACCACAUAACGUCAUUCUCCAUCCUCAUGUCUCCUGACUCCCCAGACCCUGAUUCUCUCCUGAAAAUACUGCUGGAUAUAAUUUCCUAUAUUGGAUUGUGCUUUUCCAUCCUGAGCUUGGCAGCCUGUCUAGUUGUGGAAGCUGUGGUGUGGAAAUCAGUGACCAAGAAUCGGACUUCCUAUAUGCGUCACAUCUGCAUAGUGAACAUUGCCGCCUCCCUUCUGGUUGCUGACAUUUGGUUCAUUGUGGCCUCCACCAUCCGGGACCAUCACUACGUUCUCAAUGAGACAGCCUGCGUGGCUGCCACCUUUUUUAUCCACUUCUUCUACCUCAGUGUCUUUUUCUGGAUGCUGACUCUGGGUCUCAUGCUCUUCUACCGGCUGGUUUUCAUCCUGCAUGAUGCAAGCAAGUCCUUUCAGAAAGCUAUUGCUUUUUCCCUUGGCUACGGCUGCCCUCUCAUCAUCUCAGUCAUCACAGUGGGAGUCACCCAGCCCCAGGAAGUCUACACACGGAAGAAUGCCUGUUGGCUCAACUGGGAGGAUACCAAGGCCCUACUAGCCUUCGUCAUCCCAGCACUCAUCAUCGUGGUGGUAAACGUGACCAUCACAGUCGUGGUCAUCACCAAGAUCCUGAGACCUUCCAUUGGAGAUAAGCCCAAUAAGCAGGAGAAGAGCAGCCUAUUUCAGAUUAGCAAGAGCAUUGGGGUCCUCACACCACUCCUGGGGCUCACUUGGGGUUUUGGUCUUGCCACUGUGUUCCAGGGAAGCAAUGCUGUGUUCCAUAUUGUAUUUACCCUCCUCAAUGCCUUCCAGGGACUAUUCAUUUUGCUCUUUGGAUGCCUCUGGGAUCAGAAGGUACAGGAAGCUUUGCUGAAAAAGUUUUCACUGUCAAGAUGGUCCUCACAGCACUCAAAGUCAACAUCCCUAGGUUCAUCUACACCUGUAUUUUCCAUGAGUUCUCCAAUAUCAAGAAGAUUUAACAAUUUGUUUGGAAAAACAGCAGCCCCACAGGGCCCCCCAGGCAAUGACGGAAACCUUGUUAGCAGUGGCAGUUCACCAAUCUGAUGGAACAUACAAUGUUUCCACCCCAGAAACAACCAGCACAUCCAUGGAAAACACUUCCAGUGCUUAUUCGUUGCUCAACUAAAAACAGGAAAUCCCAACCCCUGUGACUCUUGGGGAGCAGUGGAUGUGCUGUGAAGGAGAUCCUUUCAAAGCCCUGGGUAAAACACUUCUUCCACAGCCUCUGGGAGUGAUGCUGAAGAGACUUUCUCAUUAGGAAAGAGGCUUUCUUUUGUAAAGAUAGACUAAAAGUUAUUGUUCCAUUUAUUUUGCUGCCCUACCCCCACCCUUUGUGUAAUACCAAAUGUGUAUAGUAUUUAAGUGAAACUCCAGUUUUCCAAGGCCCAACUUAUCUGUCUAUAUUGUAAAAUAGAAUUUCAAAGGGACAUUUUCACUUUUCACAGGUUGGGCACAAGGACAAGCUUUGAUUAAAAUUGUAAGUAAAAGGCUAGUACCUAGGAAAUACUUCAGUGAAUUUAAGAAGGAAGAAAGAAGGAAGGAAAAGAAGAAAGGGAGGAGGAAAGGGAAAAAUAGAGGAAAACAGCAUUAAGGAUCACAUUUUAAGAUUUCCAUGUUCGUGAUCUAAUUACUCAGAUAAUGCAACAUUGAAAUUAAAAAGUGGCUCAAAAAUGGAAAUGGAAAGUAAACCACGGAUAAAGUUCAAUAUCUUCCUGGUAUUUUCUCAGCAAAGAAAGGGGCGGGGGAAUCAGUGAAAAAAAAUAGGGAGAAAAUUACAUCAUCAUCGUGCUUUAAGGUGGGUAAUAAUAUUUGCAAGAAAUGCAUGUAAGGAGACGUGGUUCAGCUGAUUUUAAACACAUACACACACACACAUACACACAUGUUUUUUGCAUUUAAGGUGUGAGCUAAGUAGUAUGAAUAUGUAGAGGAAGUGUGAUAACCAUCCUUUAUCAGAUCCAAGCAAAUCUAACUGCUGAUUAUGUUUUGAGGGUUUAUCAGAAAAGCCUUAUGUUUUGCUUUGUUCCAUGUUUGAAAAGCAAAAAAAUACAUUUUUAUAUCUAUUAAUUGUCAAAUGUGAUAUAUUGCACUGAAAACAGAUCCCAACUGUCUCUAUUAUAUGUAACAGCUUUAACCAGGUACUUCUCUGUGCAUUAUAGAAUGGACUUAAAUAAUUUAUGGCAUUGUCUAUUACUGUUGUUAUUACUGUGGAGUUAGUGGGCCUUGGCGUGUUGUAGAGCUCUCUGUGUAUUAGCUCUUUCCAUCUUUAAGUCCCCAGACCAAUAUACAUUUAGAGUUUUGUACAGUCCAACCUGUGUUGAUUGCAGCCACUUGGAGAUCUCCCAGAAGGCAAUGCCACAGCUGGCUCAUCUCUGCUCACAGUGGUCCUUUCCUCUGGUGAACAGAUGGUGGAGGGUUUCCCAAGAUUUGGUUAUUUGUGAUUUAUGCAUUGUGCCUUUCAUAUAAAUACAAAUAUUUAUUAAAAUUGCCUCCGUAUUAAAGUUGACCAGGCGCUGCAGCUACAGCAGCCAUACAUUCCAAACCAAAGUCAAAACAAGACAAUAAAAACGAGGGGUCACUCGGGAAGUGUGCAUGGGGCAUAUGCUUCAUAAGGAUGGAGAACUGACCAGUCGGGAAAGUAGGACAGAAGCGGCUGAAAUUCAAUAAUCAGUAAUUUAUUGAAGGGGUUUUCUUUUAAUAUUUUAACUCUUUAAAAAUCUCUUUCUUUUAUUUUUAAUUCUAAAUUCUAUCCUGGCUUUCUUUUCUUCAUGGGAAGUGGGGCAGGUAGGACAGAUAGAAAUAUCGGCAAUGCUUAGAAUAAAUGAACUCUUUAUUUCUGCAGUCCGCAUGACAUAGGCACAGACACUGACACCCAUGUUCACCUGAAAGUGGUCACUGCACUCUUCUAAUUGAGAGGGCACUAUUUAAAGUCUCUGAAGGAAAUGGUUGUCAGGCUCUGAAGUUCUCCAGGACAUGACCACUUUGGGCAGAACUCAGUUCUGGGAACUCGGAGGACCUACUGAAGUAGAACUAGACACCAGGGAAAGACUGGCUGUGCCUGACCUGGUUCUUGGGCUUGUACCGAGGGAGUGGAGGCAGGGCUACAGCACAGUGCUAGCAUGGCCAAGGAAAGCACAGUACUCAGGAGGAGGCUAUGGUUCUCAUGUUCAAAAACACGAUGGGACGAAAAACACUGAACUUCCACUCACUUCUGUAAGGGUCCUUUGGGAAUCAUUGUGUUUGGCGUUGUGAAAGGAACUCCUGCAAUGGCAGGAACCUUUGGCAGAGUUCCAUAGAGUGUGGACCUGGCCCCCUGCCCACGUUCAUUAAUGGAGGCACGUUCCCUCACUACACACACACACACACACACACACACACACACACGAGGCAUGCACGCGCCUCCCACUUUAUAAGCUACACCACUGGAUGCGAAUUCCAGAAAAUCCAUGAAAACAAAAAGAUUGGAGAAAUUCUUGUUGGUUGUCUGCCUACCCACAAAGACACAUAGUUCAACCUCUGUUCUUUGCCAAGUUUUUCCUCAACUAAGCAGUAGAGUUCAAAACCAUAAGGGGGACCAUCCAUGAAUCUGUGAAUUUUAUGAAAACAGGAGCCCCCCUUGGCCCUGAGGUCACCAGUUCUCAAUCAGCCAUGGUUACACGGCUGCAGUGACAGAUUUCUGAGGGAAGGAGGAGGAAGGGGGAACGUUGGCUCUCAGGUUGGUGCAAAGUGUGAUGUGUCAUCUACUUCACUUAUAAAGUGCCCCGUGCUUCCCCGUGGGUCUGACGUCUCUCAGUGUGUAAUGUCAGUUCCAUUGGGUAUUUUCUUGCAUGAAGGGACUAUCCAGUAAGUCAGUUUCUUGCAAAGCCACCUGUGCUAAUGCUUCAGAGGUUGAAGUGUUCACAAGUGAGCAAUUAAUAUACACUACAGAAAUAUUCUCUGGGAAGACUGUAAGUCCAGUGGGACAUGUCAGUUCUUGAAUGGGCCACAUGUCUGCCAUCCUCUUCCCUGUUUCUUAUUGUUUGCAUGGACAAAGAGGCUAAUAAAGAUUCAUGGAUUUCUCAGGAUGUAUGUUACUCAGGCCAAAAAAGGAAAAAACACUGUGGGAAGUCACAGCCUUUGGAAGUUUGUGUAGAAAACUUCAAAAGUGUCUAUGUUAGGAAGCUUAAAGAAAGAGUUACAUGGAGAUGAGAGAGAUUAUAGCAACCAGUAAGUGCAGAAGCAGGGCAGAGUUACUCUGAGGGGCAUGGAAUGGGAAGCCACAAUCAUUGAGGAGACAGAGGAAACGAGGGUGGCCGUAGAAUGCCGUGGAGGCGGAAAGCGUUUCACUUCUGACGGGCGAUGGUAAUGUCAAACAGGGCUGCUGCAUCCCGGAAGGCAAGCCGGUGGCUCCGGCCAACAGGAGCUGGAUCCCCUGAGUGUGCACAGUAAGAGAGGGGCCUCUGGUGGAUAUUCCUUUCUUAUGUAUUUUUAAAAGUCAGUGAAAAUAGUGUCUCGUCAUUUCAGAGAUGUUAGCUUUGAAAUGAGAUGCUAUAGGUUUCUAAAAUUAGAAUUUAGGAUUUAAAACCAAGUCUUGGUAUGCCAGUAUACAACUAUGUUUCUUUUCCAUGUUUAUAACAAUAAAAUAUUUUAUAAGA